UUCUCCCCGCGGCCAGCUCCCUGAAGUCCGGCCCCAAUAGCUGCCCUGCCCUACCGGUGGCCGCUGCCGGUACCUACCACCCAGCGCAGCGUUGCUGCACAAGGGAGGCGGGUGCCAUGGCGGCUGAGGCCCUGACGGCGGAGACGGUGGCUUUGCGCCUGCAGCGGCAGGAGGAGGACAUCACCUGGCUGUGGGAGGAGGUCCUGCGCCUGAGGGAAGAGCUGUUGAGCGCGCCCGACCGGUGCCAGGCCGAGGGGCCACGUCUCACGCGGGAGGUGGCGCAGCUCCGGGCCGAGAACCGCGACUUGCGCUAUCGCCUGUGCCGCCUGCGGGUGUGCCUUGCCGAAGCACUGAGCCACCAGGUGCAGCUGGAGAGGGCGACGCGAGCGGGGGCGCAGGACGAGGCCGGGAGCACGACUCCCGGAGCGCAGCCUCUUUCUAGUCAAAACCAAGAAAAGGACAUUAAAAAGAAGAAAGAAAAGGAAUCUGACAGUGAGGUGAAAGAUCAACCGAAUUUCAUAAAGGAACGGUUGAAGCUUUUUGAAAUAUUGCAGAAAGAUCAUAUUGAAAAAAAGGGGGACACAAGCAAUGGGAUCACAGUAAGAGUGGCUGAUGGGAAAACAGUGGAAGGAGAACUCUGGAAAACAACGCCUUAUCAAGUGGCCGCUGCUAUUAGUCAAGAACUGGCUGAAAGCACAGUAAUAGCCAAGGUCAACGGUGAAUUGUGGGACUUGGACCGUCCGCUGGAAGGGGACUGCACUCUAGAGCUGCUGACUUUUGAUGAUGAGGAAGCUCAAGCUGUGUACUGGCACUCCAGUGCCCACGUCCUCGGGGAGGCCAUGGAGCUGUACUACGGAGGCCACUUGUGUUACGGCCCGCCCAUCGAGAAUGGAUUUUAUUAUGACAUGUCCAUCGAAGACAGAGCCGUGUCCAGCACGGAGCUGUCGGCACUGGAGGCCCUCUGUCAGACGAUCAUCGGGGAGAAGCAGCCCUUCGAAAGGCUGGAAGUCAGCAAGGACGUCCUCCUGGAAAUGUUCAAGUACAAUAAAUUUAAAUGCCGCAUUUUGAAUGAGAAGGUUAACACUCCAACUACCACCAUUUACAGGUGCGGUUCUCUAAUUGACCUGUGUAAAGGCCCCCACGUGAGACACACUGGGAAAAUUAAAACCAUAAAAAUUUUCAAGAAUUCCUCCACGUACUGGGAGGGCAAUCCCGAAAUGGAAACCCUGCAGCGGAUCUAUGGGAUUUCCUUUCCCGAUAACCAGAGGAUGAAAACCUGGGAAAAGUUGCAAGAGGAAGCCAAGAGCCGAGAUCACAGGAAAAUCGGGAAGGAUCAGGAACUUUUCUUUUUCCACGAUCUGAGUCCCGGAAGCUGUUUUUUCCUGCCCAGAGGAGCCUUCAUUUAUAACACACUCAUGGAUUUCAUGCGCGAGGAGUAUCACCGCCGUCACUUCACGGAAGUGCUGUCCCCCACCAUGUACAACAGCAAGCUCUGGGAAGUCUCGGGCCACUGGCAGCAUUACAGCGAGAACAUGUUCGCCUUCGACGUGGAGAAAGACACCUUCGCCCUGAAGCCCAUGAACUGCCCAGGACACUGCCUGAUGUUUGCCCAUCGUCCGCGGUCUUGGAGGGAAAUGCCUGUUAGGUUUGCCGAUUUUGGAGUUCUUCACAGGAACGAACUGUCGGGAACUCUAAGUGGCUUGACCCGAGUCCGACGCUUCCAGCAGGAUGACGCGCACAUCUUCUGCACGGUGGAGCAGAUUGAAGAGGAAAUAAAGGGCUGUUUGCAGUUUUUGCAAUCUGUGUACUCCACCUUUGGCUUCUCCUUUCAGUUGAACUUGUCCACGAGGCCUGAAAACUUCUUAGGAGAGGUGGCUCUGUGGGAUGAAGCCGAAAAGCAACUGCAGAAGAGCCUCAUGGACUUUGGAAAACCCUGGAAGGUGAACCCCGGAGAUGGAGCCUUUUACGGCCCUAAAAUUGAUAUAAAAAUCAAGGACGCCAUCGGCAGAUCGCACCAGUGCGCUACCAUCCAGCUGGACUUCCAACUGCCUAUUCGGUUUAACCUCACCUACGUUAGCAAGGAAGGGGACGAUAAGAAGAACCCUGUGAUCAUUCAUCGGGCCAUUUUGGGCUCAGUGGAAAGAAUGAUGGCCAUUCUGUCAGAAAACUACGGGGGGAAAUGGCCUCUCUGGCUGUCUCCUCGUCAAGUAAUGGUUAUCCCCGUGGGGCCAACUUGUGAAAAAUAUGCACUUCAGGUAUCCAGUGCCUUUUUCGAAGGAGGAUUCAUGGCCGACGUGGAUUUAGAUCACAGUUGUACACUAAAUAAGAAAAUCCGAAAUGCACAGCUGGCUCAGUAUAACUUUAUUUUGGUGGUUGGAGAAAAGGAAAAAGCAAAUAAUGCUGUAAACGUUCGAACAAGGGACAACAAAAUUCAUGGAGAGAUUUCACUCACUUCUGCCAUGGACAAACUGAAGAAUCUCAAGAAGUCACGUACUCUUAAUGCUGAGGAAGAAUUUUGAAGUCCUUCCUUGUACCCGCUUCUGUGUAACCCUGUUCUGAUCCCUGAAAAUGCUUUUUUCUUAAUGACUGUUAGUACCUCUUCUGGGAACUUUAGACCUGCUGACAGUUAGUUCCCUGUUGGGUGCAGUGAGAGAGGAGACGAUGAAUGAAUAGCUGAUAUGGACAGAAUUUAAUUCUCUAAUGUUUCUGAGAACGAUAAGAGGACAAGCUUGGGAAGUGUUUAAUUUCCCAAGUGUCUUGAGAGACUUAACUGGGAAAAGGUUAUUCACUGAAAAAGGGAAGUAUCAGGAAAUGAGGACUAUGAGAUGUUAUUGCUAAGAUGUGUGAUUUUUCAAACGAUAAGUUUCAAGUAAAAGUAUGCAAAGCUUUUUGGAAUAUGGCAGGAAAUCUUAUUUCCUACUAACAUUAUGUUGUCAGUUGUUUUACCAAGUUCACACUGAAACUUUAUGUCCAAAAUUGGAAUCACUACUUAAUUUGUUUUAACUAAGCAAGAACCGCAAGAGAAAAAGCCAUACCCAAUGUUAGAUUAUUGACCAAGGACUCAACCCAUAUUCAGCAUUGUAGAAUCUAAAGGAGUUUGUACUGUAAUUUAAGUCACAGUUUUAAUGAUUCUAAUAAACAGUUAAGCCUUGUUCAUCUUUAGAAAAUACAAAUUUCUGAAUAAAAUGCAUUAUAGUGUUUCAGCUAUGGGUUUAUACCAAAAUAUCUGCCUUCCUAGAGUUAAAUUAUCUUUUUGAUGUGAAAAUGACGGUUCAAAAAAAAAAAAAUGACGGUUCACUGCUCUAUGUACUCAAAUGGAUUUUAUUUUAAUUAAGAGGACUACCUGACUGCUCAGAACAGAAUUAACGGGCCUUAUGCCAAUAGAGAAUUUAGCUGUCCAUCAUUAGUAGUAAUUUUUGUGUUUAUAAGGCUAUGUACUAUGAA